AUGGCAUCACCUCUCGGCAAAUGGGCCGAUGGCCCCCUUGAGCUCAUUGAGACUCCCUCCUUUACGAAGCGUACCGACGAUCAUCCGGCCCACUAUGUCGCCAACGAGAUGGCAUUUGCCCACAACGCUAUGCUUCGUGGCCUCAACGCAAUCUAUUUGCAGGCACCCUACAUACCAAAGACUGACGUCUCCGAUUUCCUCUUUUUUGUAGCCUCGUGGGCUGGUUGGGUACAACAUCAUCAUAUUCUAGAGGAGACGCGCAUGUUUCCAGGCUUCGAGCGCAUUCCCGGUAUCAGGCCCGGGCAGCUCUCGCACAAUAUUGAACAACACAACCUCUUUUCCACUGGCCUCGAUGAUCUUAACAAGUACGCUUCAAAUACAACAGAAGCCAGUUAUGACGGCGGAACACUGCGUGAGCUCAUUAGUAGCUUUUCUACACACAUGCGUGAGCAUUUAGCCGAUGAAAUCGACACUCUCUGGAGCCUUGAAUGUUGCGAAAAGGGCCAAGAGAAAAAUCUACUCCGAGUGUACAAGGACUGCGAAGCGGAAGCUGGGUGGUAA